AUUAAUCUUCUCAUGAACAUAUCCAAAAACCAUCUGAAACCAAGUGGGGUCCCCUCCCGAAUCCAACGGCAGAGAUUUCGUCCCCGUUUAGAUUAAUCUCAGGGUUUGUACUAUACACAAACGUAACCUCCUGAUUUUGCAACCUUCCAACCUCACCUUCACCCUAUCUGUUCCCAUCCCCGCCGUCGUCGCCGGCGGCGACCUCCCUCCUUCGUCGGACAUCCGACCAAUCUAUCCCCCAAUUCGCUCUUCCCUCUCCUCUAUCCAUCUAUCCAAACAAAAGCCAAAAAAAAAAAAAUCUCUCAAACACUUCAAUUUCUAGGGUUUUCCUUGAUUUCGCUUUGCAGUUGCUUUUUUUUUCUUCUCAUAUCUAGUGUUUGAUUUUCCUGAAUAAUCGAGAGGAGGGGGAAGAUAUAGAAAAAAGACCAAAAAAAUCGAAAAUUUUGGAAAAAGGAAAAAUCUUUUAGGGUUUGGAAUGGCGCAGGUUCAAGUUCCGCCUCAGGCUCAGGCUGUGAAUGCUGGUGGAAACCAGUUCGUGACGACGUCGCUUUACGUCGGUGACCUGGAGCUGAACGUGACCGAUUCUCAGCUCUAUGACGUGUUUAAUUCCCUGGGUCAGGUGGUCUCUGUUAGGGUUUGUAGGGACUUGACUACCCGCCGGUCGCUCAGUUACGGUUAUGUCAAUUAUGCAAACCCCCAAGAUGCUGCGAGGGCAUUGGAGAUGCUGAACUUCACUCCUGUUAAUGGAAAGCCCAUUAGGAUUAUGUAUUCUCAUCGUGACCCUAGUGUACGCAAGAGUGGAGCUGGUAACAUCUUUAUUAAGAAUUUGGACAAGGCUAUUGACCACAAAGCAUUACAUGACACAUUCUCUUCAUUUGGAAAUAUUCUCUCAUGCAAGGUAGCUACAGACUCGUCUGGUCAGUCAAAAGGCUACGGGUUUGUGCAAUAUGAUAGCGAUGAAGCUGCCCAAAAAGCUAUUGAGAAGCUUAAUGGUAUGCUGUUGAAUGAUAAGCAAGUAUAUGUGGGACCUUUCCUCAGGAAGCAGGAAAGAGAUAUGGCUUCGGACAAGGCAAAAUUCACCAAUGUCUUUGUGAAAAAUCUAUCAGAAUCGACAACUGAAGAAGAUCUCAAGAAUAUAUUUGGUCAAUUUGGACCAAUCACUAGUGCUGUGGUGAUGAGGGAUGCUGAUGGAACCUCUAGGUGCUUUGGUUUUGUCAAUUUUGAGAGUGCAGAUGAUGCGGCUCAAUCUGUUGAGUCUCUUAAUGGACAAACUUUUGAUAAUAAGGAGUGGUAUGUCGGGAAAGCCCAAAAAAAAACAGAGAGGGAGCUUGAAUUGAAAGUUCGAUUUGAGCAGAGUGUAAAGGAGGCAGCAGACAAAUCUCAAGGGCUAAACCUAUAUAUUAAAAAUCUAGAUGAUAGCAUUGGUGAUGAUAAUCUCAAGGAAAUGUUUUCUCCAUUUGGCACCAUAGCUUCCUAUAAGGUUAUGCGAGACCCUCAUGGAAUAAGUAAGGGAUCGGGAUUUGUUGCAUUUUCUACUCCUGAAGAGGCUACUAGAGCUCUGUUGGAGAUGAAUGGAAAGAUGGUCGUCAGCAAACCUCUUUAUGUUGCCCAUGCACAGCGUAAAGAAGAUCGAAGAGUAAGAUUGCAGGCACAGUUUUCUCAAAUGCGUCCAGUUGCAAUGGCACCUUCUGUUGCUCCUCGUAUGCCAAUGUAUCCCCCUGGUGGUCCUGGUCUUGGACAACAGAUAUUCUAUGGACAAGCCCCACCUGCUAUCAUGCCUCCACAACCUGGUUUUGGGUACCAGCAGCAACUUUUACCUGGCAUGAGGCCAGGUGGGGCCCCCAUGCCGAACUUCUUUGUGCCAAUGGUUCAGCAGGGUCAGCAGGGUCAGCGUCCAGGUGGCCGACGUGGAGGCGCUGUACCCGUGCAACAGGGCCAACAGCCACUUCCGCUCAUGCAGCAACAGAUGCUUCCAAGGGGGCGGGUCUUCCGUUACCCCACUGGGCGUGGCCUCCCUGAUGUUUCCAUGCAAGGUGUUGGUGGAGGCAUGCUUUCUGUUCCUUAUGAUAUUGGUGGUGGCAUGCCUUUCCGUGAUGGGGGAAUGUCUCAACCAAUUCCGAUUGGGGCUUUGGCUUCUGCCCUUGCAAACGCUUCUCUUUCUGACCAGAGGACGAUGCUGGGUGAAAAUCUGUAUCCACUUGUGGAGCAGCUCGAGCCCGAGUAUGCAGCUAAGGUAACUGGUAUGCUUUUGGAGAUGGAUCAGACCGAGGUUUUGCAUUUGCUGGAGUCACCAGAGGCUCUCAAAGCUAAGGUUGCGGAGGCUAUGGAGGUUCUGAGGAAUGUUCAACAGCAGCAAGCCGGCAACCCUGCAGAUCAACUGGCUGCAUUGUCUUUAAAUGACGGCCUUGUGUCUUGAGCCUCGUUUCCUCAUUUCAAGUUUGGAGUUCCGUUUGAUUUUGAAAACCAGUUGUGUUUCGUUUGGUAUGCUUCCGAGAAUGUUUCUCUUGAAGGAAUGCUCUUGUUUUUGUAUGCUGUUGGCACAAUUCUUUUUGAGUGUUGUUUUGAAGAGUUGAAGUUCGCGACAUUUAUGUGGAGUUGUGUUUUCUCUAUUCGUUCUUUCUGGGACCAGCUGUUGUGCUUGGGAGGAGCAUAGUGGCUUUUGCUUUAUGCUGGAUAUUGUGUUUUGAAUAAAAAGACAGUAAAUUAUUAA